AUGAUCGCCCAAUCGCUUAAGAAUAUCAUUGUGGUUGGAGGCUCGUACAUUGGACGGGUAACCGCUCAAGAGCUUGCGAAGGUCAUACCACCAACGCACAGGGUGCUGCUCAUCGAACCCCACAGCCACUUUCACCAUCUAUUCACAUUUCCUAGAUUUGCAAUCGUUCCUGGCCAGGAACACAAAGCAUUCAUCCCAUAUAGUGGAACAUUCGCGGCUGUGCCCAACUCAGCUUCUCAUGCUUUCGUACAGGCUCGUGUUCUGUCAAUUCAACCUCAGCACGUAACGCUUGACAGACAAUGGCAGGGUUCAGAUCAAAUCCCCUUUGAAUAUCUUGCUCUCGCCACCGGCACACGUCUUGCCCAGCCAGCUGCUAUGCAGUACGACGACAAGCCAUCUUCUGUGCAAUACUUGCAGGAUCACCAAAAGGGUCUGAAGAAUUCCAAGUCAAUCUUGAUUGUUGGUGGUGGAGCUGUUGGCGUGCAAAUGGCUACGGACUUGAAGGAGUAUUACCCGGACAAGAAGGUCACUGUGGUUCAAUCUCGUGCCCAAGUAAUGCCACAGUACCAUAGGAAGUUUCACGAGCUUAUCAAGAAGCGUUUCGAUGAUCUUGGCAUCGAUCUCAUAACUGGCUCACGUGUGACGAUACCCUCUAGCGGAUUCCUGAAUAAUGGAACACCGUUUGAUGUUCAGCUCACAAAUGGGGACACUGUAUCCACCGAGUUUGUCAUCUUAGCCACGGGUCAAAAGCCAAAUAACGGCCUUGUGGCUAAUCUGGAGCAAUCCAACCCAGGAUCCGUCAUUAAUCCUACGAAUGGAUUCAUACGCGUGCGGCCUACUCUACAAUUCUUGGACAAAAAAUAUUCCAAUCUCUUCGCGGUUGGCGAUAUCGCAGAUACUGGUGCCCAUAAGGCAGCAAGACCUGGUGUUGCUCAAGCUGCAGUCUUAGCGAAAAAUGUACAGGCAUUGAUCGAGGGACGACAACCAGAGGAAGCGUUUGUGCGUGGUCCUGCGGCCAUCCACCUGACCUUAGGCAUGACCGAGAAUGUCGUCUUCAGAAAUCCAAAUGAAGCCGAAGGUCAGACUGAGCCAACUAUAAUUCCAAGAAACGACGGACAGGAAGAUAUGAAUGUUGAAGGUUUCUGGAAGAGAGCAGGAGUGGAGAUCAAUAGUCCACAGCAAUAUCAUCUUUAA